AAACAUCGAACUACUUGUCUGGAGCUAAUGGGAUACUCUCUUUGAUUCAAGGAGCAAAGUCAGGGAAUAUGGGUGGAGAAAAUAAAUAUGUUUGCAAAGACCUUGAGAGAAACCUCAGGCAAAAAAGUGAUUUGAUCAGAUAUGCAAUGAUGGAGAAUUACAAAACUUUUGAAAAGUGCCUACAAGAAGGAGUCGAAAUAUCCAAAGAUUCAUUGGAAAGAAUCUUGAAGAACUUUCUCUAUCCUCCAAGAAAGAGUGGCAGUGGUUUUCAUAAACAACUAAAAAAACUGGUCGAAAAUAAAGGGGUCCUGAAACCAAAACGUGGGCCGGAAAAAAACUUGAACACAAAGUUAAUUUCAGUCCUGACAGAUAGCAUUGAUGAGGAAUUCAAAAAAACUUUCCCGAAUGACGGAAAAUGUGGUCCAAUCUACGGAGUAAUCAAAGAAUUUUCACUUGAUGUUGAAGGGCUAAAACAGAAGUACAGUGAUGUUGAACUACAGCUGGUAUUUCUGAAGAAUGAGGAAGAACAGUUAAAAACAAAACUGACCAAACUUAUUCGUAACCGUAAAAAAAACAUCUACAACAGUCUAGCAAAGACAGCUGUGGAAAUCCUAAACGAAUGCUAUGACAAAGCAGCAGGAUUUUCAGGAACUGGUUCACUGCAGAACAUGAGGGAAACUAUAGAGAGACAUGUCCAUAAAUCAAAGGACAUCCUGUUUGAAAAGGCUAAAGAUGAAAUGUUGGAUCUGCAUAGCAGUUUGAGGGUAUGUUACAUAUUAAAAUAAAUACAAAAAAUGUUUUCUUUCAUAUCAAAUUAUCAACUGCUACCAUAGUCAUUUGUGCAAUGAU